CGCCCCUUUACCCGGGGUCGCGUUCCCCAUGCUGUCUACACGCUUCAGCCGCCUGGUGCUCUGGCCCUUCUUGCGGGGAUCCGCUCCCACCGUAGCGCACCAUGUCCCUCGGGAGCCCCUUCUCCAGAGAUGUGCGGCCGCCUCCUCCUCCCAGCACCCAUCAGGCCUGGGACAUAGGCUUUCCAGUGGCUCAACGGCGACUGGGGGUUACGAAGGGAGGACUGACAUGGAGGAGCAUUUUCUGUUCCCCGAGUACGUCCCAGAGCCCGAGCCCGCGCCGAACCUCGAAGAACAGCUGCGAGAGCUGCAGCAGCGGCAGGAGGAGGAGGAGCGACAGAAGCAGCAGGAGCGACAGAAGCAGCAGCGGCGGGACGAGCGGCAGCAGCAAAAGGUAGCCGGCAGUCGGGUACACCCGGUCGUGGGACACCCGGACCCAACGGUGCGGCCCAGCGGCCUGAACUGCUCGGGCUGCGGAGCGGAGCUGCACUGCCAGGACCCCGGCGUGCCCGGCUACCUGCCCAGCGAGAAGUUCCUCAGCGCGGCGGCGCAGACCGACGGCGGGCUGGCGCGAACUGUGUGUCAGCGCUGCUGGCUGCUGGUGCACCACCGGCGCGCCCUGCGCGUGCAGAUGAGCCGCGAGCAGUAUCGGGAGCUGGUGAGCGCGGCGCUGCGACGCCCCGGGCCCGCCCUGGUGCUCUACAUGGUGGACCUGCUCGAUCUGCCCGACGUCCUGCUGCCCGACCUGCCCGCGCUGGUGGGCCCCAGGCAGCUAAUCGUGCUGGGGAACAAGGUGGAUCUGCUGCCCCAGGACGCGCCGGGCUACCUGCAGCGGCUGCGGGAGCGACUGUGGGACGACUGUACCCGCGCGGGGCUCCUGCGGUCCUGUGGCCCCCGAGGGCCCCAGCACGCCGGCGAGGACCGGCAGCAAGACUGGACGGAGAAUUCGAAUACUUCCACCAGGCCCCGCACGGUGCUCAGGGAUGUGCGGCUCAUUAGCGCCAAGACUGGCUACGGCGUGGAAGAACUGAUCACAGCGCUUCAGCGCUCCUGGCGUUACCGCGGCGACGUGUACUUGGUUGGCGCCACCAACGCUGGCAAGUCCACUCUGUUUAACACGCUCCUAGAAUCCGAUUACUGCAUCGCCAAGGGCGCUGAAGCUAUCGACAGAGCCACCAUCUCCCCUUGGCCUGGUACCACAUUAAACCUUCUGAAGUUUCCUAUUUGCAACCCAACACCUUACAGGAUGUUUGAAAGACAAAAAAGGCUUGAAAAAACUGCAGCUGAGGCUGAAGAAGAUCUUAGUCAGCAAGAACAACAUCAACUUAAUCACCUGAAAAAGCAUGGUUAUGUAGUAGGAAGAGUUAGAAGAACAUUCUUAUAUUCAGAAGAACGGAAAGAGGAAGCCACCUUUGAGUUUGAUGCUGAUGCACUUGCCUUUGACAUGGAAAAUGAACCUGUUGUGGUUCCAGAUAAAUCCACCAAACGAGUAGAAUUGACCCCGCAAGAUGUGAAAGAUGCCCACUGGUUUCAUGACACCCCUGGAAUUAUAAAAGAAAAUUGUAUUUUAAGCCUUCUAACAGAAAAAGAAGUAAAUACUGUUUUGCCGACACAUUCCAUUGUUCCACGAACUUUUGUGCUUAAACCAGGAAUGGUUCUAUUUUUGGGUGCCAUAGGCCGCAUAGAUUUUCUGCAGGGAAAUGAGUCGGCUUGGUUUACAGUUGUGGCUUCCAACCUCCUCCCUGUGCAUAUUACUUCCUUGGACAGGGCAGAUACGGUGUAUCAGAAGCAUGCCGGUCAUACAUUACUCAAGGUUCCAAUGGGUGGAGAAGAACGAAUGGCAGAAUUUCCUCCUCUUGUUGGUGAAGACAUUACAUUAAAAGAAGGACUUGGGGAAUCUAAAGCAGUGGCGGACAUCAAGUUUUCUUCUGCAGGCUGGGUUGCAGUAACAGCUCAACUGAAGGACAGACUGCAUCUCCGAGGCUACACACCUCAAGGAACGGUUCUGACUGUCCGGCCCCCUCUCUUGCCGCAUAUCGUUAACAUCAAAGGAGAGCGCCUCAGGAGAAGCGUGGCCUAUAAAACCAAGAAGCCUCCUUCCCUUGUGUACAAUCUGCAGAAGAAGAAAAAAUAGAUAAAUAGUUGAUGUUGAUCUUGUUCACACUGAAUUUUAACAUACUAGACAUAACUACAUACAUUGAAUUGUAUUAAAUAUAACUAUAAUAUAGCUCUCUUUGCUCCCACCCUUUUUAAAACCACCUAGGACUGUGCCUGUUUGUAAUGUACUGGAUUUGUAAAAAUAAGUUAUUUUUUUGUAAGGAAUGUAUAUGUAUGUAUUUGAGACCCAAAAAUACCUAAAAAGAAGUUCAGCUAUGUUCAGUUUUCUCACACCAUUUAUUUAUUAAGACCAGUUGUUGGGGCGCCUGGCUGGCUCAGUCAGAAAAGCAUACAACUCUUGACCUCG